GGAAUAGCUGGCACUAGUAUGAAUUAUUGGUCUGACCCUUAUCCUUUUGGAGUUCCGAUAUAAGGCUCUACCAACCACUUCCCUCAUCUCACAGUGGUUGCAAGGACUUACCAGAUUUAUCCAACAAUAUCGAAAAAUAUGGAGAAAGAGGAGCCUUGCAAUAUACAGAGAGAUGAGAAUAACGCACUACUUUAGCACAAAGAGGAGAUUGCAGCAUGUAAUAUUAAACAAGUAAUUAUGAUUGGAUCCUUGCAAUUGGUAAGAAAACUAACUGAACAGAAAAAGUUAAGCUAGAGACUCAGAAAGUCAUAUAUUUUGAAAACCGAUCUCUCAUUUUCCUGAACAGAUUAAUUUGGUGUUUUUUUUUUUUUUCUCUAUGUCCUAAUAAGGGAGGGGAUCAAUAUAGUAACAUGGGCGAAAAGGAGGCCUGCCUUGAUGAGUCAGUCAUAAUCGACUUUCCAGUGGAAUUAGAACCUGACCUGAAUACAACAUGUUGGAUCCACAAGGUUCCCAGGAAGCUACGCCAGGUGAAUGAAGCAGCUUACACUCCUCAGCUGGUUUCCACUGGGCCUUUUCACCAUGCUAAACCAAACUUGAAGGCCAAGGAACAUCAUAAAACCAAGUAUCAGCAGGAAUUUUGGAAAAGGGAUUUCUCCAAACACAUUGGAGAGAAUGAUAUUGAAGAUUUCAUGAGACAAGAAGAUCGCCGACAACGCAUCUGGGAUAGUUAUGCAGGAACAUUUGAGCUCAGGAACAAUCCAGACCUGUUCUUCAGCGUGAUUCUACGAGAUGCCGUGUUCAUCUUUGAGCUGUUUUUGAGGGACUUUGAAAAUCAGCUUGGAAAUAAGAAGCCUGAUGAAGUGAAGGAUUAUAUAUUGACAACACCGUGGCUGAGGAAUGUUAUAGAGUUGGACUUAAUAUUACUGGAAAAUCAGCUUCCCUUUUUUAUUUUCACAGAACUGUUUGACUUCGUCCUGCAAACAGAGCCAGAUAAUCAAAUGGAUAUGGAUUUUACUUUUUAUCUAUCAAAACAUGGUCACCCAGGGGCACUGGCAGGAUCAGAUGGAAAGAAAAUCCCACUAUUCCUUUCCACAUUUUGCCAUUGAAUUUGUCAGUAAUUAUUACUGCAUUGGAAGAGCUUUCUGCGAGGAAACGCUGGAAAAAGUUUAUCACUUUCAGCAAUGCUUCAAUGCAGGUGGUUUGCUAAGCAUAGCGGAAACUAGACCACAAUUCAUCGCUGACGAUACGAUCUGGGGCACCGAAACUAAUUUCUUCAAGAAUAUCAAACAUUUCACUGAUAUGGUCAGAAAGUUUCUGUGUCCAACUGAUCUGAUGGUUCUGCUGUCUCAACCUGCUCAACCAAAUCAACCACCCUGUUCUUCUUGUUAUUCUCAAACAAAUAUAUAUGUCAAUUAUAAUGGCGUGGAAGACCCAUCUGUUCAUUAUACCACCUGUUUUUACAGUGCUAAGCAACUGGAUAGAGCAGGCGUGAGCUUUGUGCCCUGUAAAAAUCAAUAUUUAACUAACAUAGUGGUUAAAAAGUUCAAGUACAAUUUUUUUCCUUGGAAAUCUUUGGAAUUGGUUGUCCUUGAGUUCAAGAUAGAAGAUAAUACAGAGUGCCUUAUGAGAAAUGUCAUGGCUUUGGAGCAGUGUGUUUAUCCAUUUCAGUCUUAUAUCUGCGAUCACAUUUCGCUGCUGGAUCAUCUCAUUAACACUGCUGAAGAUGUGGAAUUGCUGGUGGAGAAGAGAAUUGUUGACAAUUUGCUUGGCAGCAACGAUGCAGUGACAGAUUUGGUUAACAAACUUUGCGACCAAAUUGUGGAAUCGGGUUUGUGCUAUGGAACAAUCUGCAAACAACUUAACAAGCACCAUGACAAUUUUUGGAACGUCACCAAGAAAUCCUUAAGCGGGUUUACUUCGAGGAUCUUUGGACUAGCAGUUCUAGUAUAGUUGCGUUUUUUGUGCUUUUAUUCUCAGUUGUUUCUGUCAUUGUAAGCAUUAAAGAUAUGACCACAUGGUAAAAAAAUAAUAAUAAUAAUAAUAAUA